AUGGCAUCAAUAAAUUCAAAAGUCACUAAGCAUUGGUGGACAACCAUUGAGGAUGAGGCUUUAGUUGAGUGCUUACUACAACUAGUGGAGAAAGGUUGCUGGAGGGCUGAUAAUGGAACAUUCAAACCGGGAUAUUUAGUACAAGUACAAAAACUAAUGAAAGAAAAAAUUCUUGAAAGCAACAUACAAGUGACUCCAAAUCUAGAGUCGGGAGUAAAAAUUUUAAAGAAGCAGUACACUACCAUAGCAGAGAUGAUGGGGCCAGCAUGUAGUGGGUUUAGCUGGAAUGAGGACCGAAAGUGCAUUGAGGCAGAGAAAUCUGUGUCCGAUGACUGGGUUAAGGGACACCCCAAUGCUCGAUACCUACUAAAUAAACCAUUUCCUUACUUCUAUGACUUGGAAAUUAUGUUUGGUAGAGAUAGAGCUACUGGUGGUAGAUGUAAGACACCCGUUGAAAUGGGCUCACAGACUACAAGAGAUACUGAGGAAGAUGACAUGAUCAUUAAUCUUGAAGACUUUGAUAUUCCAAAUCCACAUGGACUCGAGCCACCUUCAGGGGAGGACAUGUCAUCCACUCCAACAAGUAUGGCACACGAUGCGGGAUCAUCUAGGCCAAGUAAGAAAAGACGGUCAUAUUCAAGGGACCUCAUGGACACAUUUCGUGCAAGACAUGUAACGUUUGGUGAUGAAGCAAAAGGAAGAAAUUUGGCCAAAGACAACAUUGGUAAUAAAAAUCUUCCAAGACUUGAUGAUGUGAGAUAUGUUGAAGGGCUUACAGCAAACUUAAUUAGCAUUAGCCAACUGUUGAUGUAUGCUUUGACUUCUGCAAUGGCUUCAGUUUUGACUAUUGUCAGUUUAAUGUCUCUUGUUGAGUUCUUGUCGUUAUCUGCUGUUGGAAGUUUCUGCAUCUCAAGAUGGUUUUAUAUCUAUUCUUUGGCUUCUUAUUGA